GGAGUGCAGGUCGCGUAGCAAGUAUAAAAUUACAGAAAUUCGUCUUGGUAUCCAUUCGAUCAACGAACUCUCAAGAUGGAGAAGUGUUUAGUGUUUGUUUACCUCGCGUCACUACUUCUUGGGUCAUGUGCAGCUUACUGCAAUAGCCCCUUCAUCAGCCUGAAGAAUUACUGCUACUACUUCUCCGAGAAGAAGGCGACCUGGACCUCUGCGAGGGAAGCUUGCCAAGACAUGAGUUCCUCGUCAGAUAUUGUGGACCUUGCAGUCUUUGACAAGUCUUGCGACGACUACGUCCACGUCGUUAAUCACGUCAUCGGUUUAGGAGCUGAGAGAUGGUGGAUUGGGGGUACCGACGAACACCAUGAGGGCUACUGGCGGUGGGUGGACGGGAGGCCAAUCGACAUGAUCAGUGGUUAUUGGUCACCGGAUGAGCCAACUGCUCGGUAUGGAGAAAACAGUCUCUCUCUGUCUGAGUUCACGGAUGAAGUCUACAGCCGAUGGAGAGUUGAGGAUCACUACAGCAACACCACUCAGCAUUACAUAUGUCAGCAAGGUGUUGCAGAAUCUUUUUGCAACAACCCCUUCAUGGAACUGGGAAGUUCCUGCUACUACUUUUCCGACCAAGUAGCGACCUGGGAGUCGGCUAGAGCAGCUUGCAAGGACAUGAGUUCCUCAAUCCAAACUGCGGACCUGGCCGUCUUCGACAGGACUUGCGGCGACCAAGCGAAUAUCGUCAACCAUGUGACUGACUUAGCUCCAAGCAAGUGGUGGAUCGGUGGAUCAGACGACCUGCACGAAGGCUACUGGGAGUGGGUUGACGGAACGCCCAUCAACAUGAUCAGGGAGUAUUGGGCCCCAGACGAACCCAACGGCUAUGAGAGAGAGAACGCACUCAUUCUCUUCAGGAGAUACAAUGAAACGUUCCCUAGAUGGAGAAUCGGAGACCACGACUCAAAUGACACUCAUUAUUAUAUAUGUCAAUCAACAGAUUAAAAAUGACAUCAUGAUGCAUCAUAUAUAGGUAAAAUGGCAAUUCAAGAAGGAUAUCUCUGAUGCAUUUUAUAUGCAACUGGAUUCAAGAAUGAUCAUACUGGUAUAUUACAAAAUGCCAAAUCAAACUAAGAAUUGUGCCUCCUUCACGCAUAAAUAAAGUGGGGAAUUAAACAUGUCUCAGGUUUGUCCAGUUUAGAAAUCCGCCAUUAACUGUUUUCAAAAUCACAUUGUGAUGCAUAACGUGUUAGGAUGUGUGAUUUAUAAGCGAUUAUGUAUGUAUGCUCUCCUCUACAAAGAAAGAUUAUUAAAAAUGAAAAUUUUUGAAAUA